AUGGUGUCUCUGAGUGAUAUACGACCGCUUUUGCAUACUGCGAGAUUGUUCGGAUGCGGAUUGUAUGUCGUUAGCGAGGAUGAUAUUGUGCUGAUGAAAUACAGUGUCGUUUACUCGGCUCUGUUCGCAUUUCUGUACACGAGUUUCUGUGUAACGAAUUUUUUCAUGCUCGGUUGGAUGAACGAUGUGCUAGGGCCGAGGCUUUUGAUGCUCACCAUCGUCAGAACGUUACUCUCGUACUCUUGCGUCUUGAGCGACAUUGCGAUGACGUUCUGGUAUAAUUGGAAAAUACGAGCUGCACUCUCGCAUUUACGCAUUUUCGAUCAAGCGACAAAAUACAAGGAGAAUAAACGCUCUUGUCGUAUACGUUACGCCUGUUGGGCCUUGUCCUUCAUUAUUUUAUCGUUUUGGUCGAUAGUCGGAUACAUAACAUUUCAAGUCGAGCCCAGAUUUUCUCUGUUCAACGGUGUAACUUACACGGUCGUUAAUGUGACACUGUCGAUGCAACUGAUAACGUUUGCCAGCCUGUCAUCCCUGUUGUACGAGAGAUUUCGCCGUCUUUGUGAAAUAUUGCUGCUACCAGAAGAUGGCAAAAUCAUGGUGGUGGAUCGAUCGAGCAGGCAGUUUCGCUUGCAGGAGGUGUGGUGGUUACACUCGUGUCUCACCAACGCAACCGAGAUGAUAAACUCUGUAUAUGCUGUGCAGCUUCUGCUAUGGAUUUCCAGUAUGUCUUUCAACACUCUGACGCGCAUUUAUACAAUUAACGAUGGUGGUGCGAUCUCGUUACCCUUAUUGAUAGCAAGGGAGGUGAUGCUGGUAUCCGCUUGUGUAACGAAUUUACUGAUCAUCAGCAUCAUCUGUCACGUGACCGCAUCUCAAGCAAAUCGCGUGGGCAAGAUCGCCUUCGCUCCAUCGUCGGCUGUUCUUGCGAAGCGAAGUUUUAUGCAGGAUUGCAAUGUGGAAGCUGUGACGUAUUUUCAGUUGCAACAAGUGCACUAUUAUGCUCUUUUCGGAAUUAUACGCAUCGAUCUUCCAUUGCUACUCUCGAUAGCCUCCGGUAUAACUACGUAUCUAGUGAUCCUUCAUAGCGCUAAUAUCUAGCGUAAUCUCCGGGACACAACGUUACGUUCGCACGAUCAAUCGACCCAUCGAUCGAUUUAUUGUUCGAACGUUAAUUCCAGUCUCAUCUGUUCCCACAGCUUUAACGGAUCGGUGAUGAAUAACAUGUUGAAGGAAAGGGUACAGCUUCAUUUCUACGAAAAAGGGGAGAACAAGUGUUUGCCUGUAACAGAAUACACUUGAAAUUCUGUCGCGGUCCCUUUUG